AUGCAGUCUGCUGUCCCUUCUUUACCUCUCAGCUGCGAUGCAUCUGAGCGAAACCUGCUGCAUGGGAGCAGCCAGGGUGCGUGCGCUGCAUCGGAUCCCAGCCUUCACUGUGGCUGCUGUUGCUCCUUCGUUUGCUCUGUGCCCUGCCUGCUGCUGCUGCACCUGCAGGUCAGAAAGGAAAGGCUUUUGGUGACCUACGUCAUUCUCCCUGCAAAAUGGGAUGACUUCAGAAUGGCUCCCCGUGACAUGCUGUGAAACUCAUGUUUCCCUUCAAGAGCCCUGUCAUUUGGCUUAUUUUGCUUGUGAAGUGAUUACACUGUUGUACAGAACGUUUGCCUUUGGAGCCGUAAGAUCCGCUGUGAGGCCCGGAGCGCUGGCAGCGUGGCUGUAGGCUGCAGCACAUCACCGAGUGACCCUGGGCCAAGCCUGUUGGUGGGAGAGGCCCCAUGGGUGGCUGCAGGGUCUGUGGCAACGUGCUGGAGCCCGCCUUGCCCUCCUUUUCCAGCAGACAGGGAUCUUGUGCAAGUGGAGGCAGUGACAUUUGGUCCGACAGCCGCUGCCAAGAGAAGUCCUGUACCCCUUCCUGCAUCCUGAGAGCCCCUGGGGAGCUGCAGUGGGGCAUCCAUCACAUAAGCUUGUGUUUCGUAGAUCUUCUGAAUUUGGCUCCUGAUUAAAGCUGACAGAUAAUGGAAACAUUUCCUCGGCGAUGUCUCUGGGGCGACUCCUCCGACGUGCCUCCUCUAAAGCUUCUGACCUCCUGACCCUGAAUCCUGGUGGCAGCAGCACUUCAUCUUCCAUACUCGAUGGGGAGAUUAUCUACUCCAAGAACAAUGUCUGCGUCCACCCACCCGAGCUGCUGCAGGGCCUCGGGGAGCACCACCCAGGCUAUUUGUGCCUGUACAUGGAGAAGGAUGAGCUGCUCGGCACCACGCUCAUCCUCGCCUGGGUCCCAAACUCACGCAUCCAGAGGCAGGAUGAAGAAGCCCUGCGCUACGUCACUCCCGAGAGCUCCCCGGUCCGCAAAGCUCCCCGCAAACGGGGCCGCCACGCUCAGGGAUUCGGCGCUGCCCAGCAGGCUUCUCCCACUGAGCCAAAAGGGGCAGUGAUCCUCAAGGAAGACAUCUUGACUGUGUCACAGCUCGUGAAGGACGGGGCUUACAUCAGUUCCCCUUCUUUGGAUGGGGAGAAGCUGCCCCAGAGCUGUGCGGCAGCAGAUGGUGCCCACCAGUCCCCGCAGCCUGCCCGCAGCGACUCAGGAAUCCUAUCGACAAUCAGCUCUCAGGAUGAGCAGAACAGGUCAGAGCUGUCGGUGGAAGAAGGGCUGGACUGCAGGCCAGAGCCAGGGGAGGACGAGGGCUCCCUGGAGCUGUUUGCUGAUGAUGUGAGCAGGGACAGUACUUUCGACUCUGAUUCUGAUGCCUUCUCUUCCCCGUUCUGCCUCUCUCCCAUUAGCGAAGCCCUUGUGAAAAGCAGUAGUUCUGUAUUUCUGGAUAACGAAAGCAGGGACGCAGGUGAUGACCACGUGCCACGCUCCCACUGCUGCACAGAGAGCCCCAACGGCAGCACCCAGAGCCCAGAGAGCAGCGGGCGAGCGCAGGGCGAGGAGCAGCAGAAGGUGGGCGCCCUGGAGCAGGUCUGUGGAGUCUUCAGAGUGGACCUGGGACAAAUGAGAUCCCUGCGCCUUUUCUUUAGUGACGAGGCAUGCACCUGUGGGCAGCUGGUAGUCGCCAGCCGGGAGAGCCAGUACAAGAUCUUCCAUUUUCACCACGGAGGCCUGGAUAAAGUGUCAGAGGUGUUCCAACAGUGGAAGUACUGCACUGAGACGCACCUGAAGGAGCAGGUAGCGGGCAAGCAGCUCACUGAUGAGAAGACAUGCAUGCAGUUUUCCAUCCGUCGGCCCAAGCUGCCUUCAUCAGAGACGCACCCGGAGGAGAACACGUACCGGCGCCUCGAUGUGUCAGCAUGGCUCAGCCACCUGAACCACUGUGGGCAGGUGGAGGAGGAGUACAAGCUGCAGAAGGCCAUUUUCUUCGGCGGGAUCGAUAUGUCCAUCCGUGGGGAAGUGUGGCCUUUCCUGCUGCGCUACUACAGCUACGAGUCCACCUCUGAGGAGAGGGAGGCACUGAGGGUGCAGAAGAGGAAGGAGUACUUUGAGAUCCAGGAGAAGAGGCUCUCCAUGUCUCCAGAUGAGCAGAAGGAUUUCUGGCGCAAGGUGCAGUUCACAGUCGAUAAGGAUGUUGUGAGGACUGACCGCAGCAACCAGUUCUUUCGAGGGGAAAACAACCCCAAUGUGGAAACAAUGAGGAGGAUCUUGCUGAACUAUGCAGUGUUUAACCCAGCAAUUGGGUAUUCCCAAGGCAUGUCUGACCUGGUCGCCCCAAUCCUGGCAGAGGUCCUGGAUGAGUCGGAUACUUUCUGGUGCUUCGUGGGAUUGAUGCAGAACACCAUCUUCAUCAGCUCCCCCCGGGACGAGGACAUGGAGAAACAGCUGAUGUACCUGCGGGAGCUGCUGCGGCUCAUGCACCCACGCUUCUACCAGCACCUUUCUGCCCUGGGAGAGGACGGCCUGCAGAUGCUCUUCUGUCACCGCUGGAUCCUCCUCUGCUUUAAACGGGAGUUCCCUGACGCUGAGGCUCUGCGCAUGUGGGAAGCGUGCUGGGCGCACUACCAGACAGACUACUUCCACCUCUUCAUCUGUGUGGCCAUUGUGGUGAUUUAUGGGGAUGAUGUCAUUGAACAACAGCUGGCCACUGAUCAGAUGCUGCUGCAUUUUGGCAACCUGGCUAUGCACAUGAAUGGAGAACUCGUACUCAGGAAGGCGAGGAGCCUGCUCUAUCAGUUCCACCUGCUGCCCCGCAUCCCCUGCAGUCUGCAUGACCUGUGCCAGCUGUGCGGGACGGGGAUGUGGGACAGCGGCUUCAUCCCAGCAGUGGAGUGCUCUGGUCACCACCCUGCGGCCGAGGGCUGCCCCUAUGGGGGGCUGGUGGAGGAGUCUUCUCCCAAGCCAGGAGGUGAAGGCAGGAGAGGCGUGAAAACACACGACAUCUUCAAUUUCCGAAAAUAGCUGGAGAGGAACAGGGCGCGCCGGAGGAAGAGGGAAGGACAGGAAGGAUGUGCAGGGGAAAAAUGUGGAGGACAGAAAUGGAGGGGUGGCUUGUCAAGGCUCCGGAGAGGACUGGAAGGGGGAGAAUGGAAGAGGAAUGGAGUCUGUCUGCAGGAGAAUGCUGCUGCACAAGUGGAGGAACCGGAGCGAAACGCACCCAACCAGGAACAGCGUUUGCACGUGCUUGGAUUUGAUAUUCUUAGGAACACGAAGUGUUUCUGGAUCUUCACAAGGACUUUUUUUACUCUGCCUCUGGGACUGGACUGGUUAGGAACCAGAAGUUGUACGUUGCUGAUGAGAAACACGAACACUAAUGAGAGCCGAGUGCCCCCAGCAGUGUGUGUGGCUGGGGGAAGGGCAGGGCCCUGCAGCAUCCCUGCACGCGUGCUUCAACCAGAACAAUGCCCUUGGUGGCUUCUCUCUAAAGCCACGGCGAUCAUUUUAAUUAUAAUCUGCCAAAAAUAAACCUGCAGACCAUUGGGACUGCAGGGAACGUAUCUGCUUUGUUGGUGAGGAAGAGCUGGUCACCUGAAGGCCGUCUCUUGCUCUCUCUGUUUUUACAUGGCAUGCCUGCUGGCAUGAUUCUUCUCCUUUUGUACAGAGAGUGUACAGCCACGGGUCUUAAAGCACUGCUUUCUGUAGUCAGGGUAUUUCAUAGACACCUUUCAGAGUUUACUUCUUUGUGACAUUACAGCAAAGCUGCUGCUUUAUGCUGCCAGCCACAGACUUUAGACCCUUAUUUAUGGAAUUCUUUUGUUUCCAGUGUGUUUCUAAUGUGUUCCCUUUGGCUCUUCCCAGCGACUGAAUAUUUUCUGUCCUUAUCUGUUUUUUGCCAUAGGCACGUGGGGCGGACCCAGCGCUCCUCAGCUGGGAGGAUGCACUCUUCCCCAUCCUGAAAGGAAAACAGAACUUGGUUUGUUGCAGUUGUUUUUGCUGAGCUGUCUUUGGUAAACGUUUCCCUUGAAGUAUUUUUGGAAGGACAGCGUGUUUCCACUGCUGCCUUCUAUUAAAUUUGCCAACUGGAAGCUGUGCUGGGGCCUUGAGUGCAGCCGUGUUGCCAAAUAUGAAACGUCCUUACCAAAUCCACUGGCAGCCAAAGGUGUGUCCUGAGCCAAAGCUCGUGCCAAGCAGAGCCUGGGGAAAGCUUCCUUAGGAACGGACAUGGAGAUGGGGUAGCAGAGGGCUGUGCUGGCUUCGCUGCUUCCUUCUGCCCAGCGCUGUGGCAGCACUGAGCCUGGCAGGCAGGUUGGUGCAGAGCACAGUGCUGUGCUGAGACCCACCGAGCACGUGCUGCUUCCCCAGUGGGAGAAGUCCUGGCCUCAGGCUGCAUCUCGGGGCCCCAACGCUGUCCCUGGGGCAGCUCCGGAGGGUCCAGCACUGCUCCUGCUGCAGCAAAUAGGAGACAAUGGGAAGAAAUGAAGUCGAUAAUUUCUGGUGUUAUUUUUUCCACCAUUGAAAUGUCAUUCAGCGAUGUGGAAAUCGUUCAGGAUUUGUUUGGUGACAGACCAUGCUGCGGUUCUCCCACGCGUGGCACAGCCCGAAGCAGCGCACUGCUGGGAUCUCCCUGUCCUGCCUGCUGCCACCCCAUGUCCCAUGGGGGAUUCCAGACAUCUGCAACACAAUGGCCCCGGUGUUGGCUGCUGGUAACUCACGGUGCCUCUAUUAAAUUCACACUACGUGUCCACAGA